AAGCAAUACACUUUUGCUUCAAGAGGAUAACAUUAUGGACGAGAACAAGAUAACUCCAGCUCAACUAUGGACAAACUACACAACGUAUAACUGCAGAAAGUGGCUUGGCUUCUGGACCAAAUGGAAUCCUCAUACUGGCGAAGUUUUGGAUAGUUUCGACAGCAUUCGACACAUCCAGUUGAUCGAUGAUUCGAGAAUGAAACAUCAGAACACUUUUAUCUACAAAGAUGGCAGUAGUAAGAAUACGGGACCGAUGAAUGGCCCGUGGGAGUACCUGAAAGACCGGGAUUGCGAUGAACAUGGAAUGAUUCACCCUUCAUCACGAAAAAUCGGCAACGACGCGAGAGCAUUUUUCGUUCAGAACGGAGGAGGAACAUGGACGAUCAUGCGAGUAAAAGAAAAGAAAAUCUUCUUUUUCGAACUGUUCUUUCCAGAUCAUUUCAAGAGGUUUAGCAAUGGGGUKCAAUACGAUGCUGAGGGCAAUGCGGCGCGAUUGACACUGAUACGUGAAGACAACCGGUCAAGGCCAAGUCUGUAUUGGUCCAAGGAAAUUGACUUUAGAAAGGAUUUCGACACGAAAGGAGAAUUCUACGGCACGGAAAUUACUCUUUCUGCAAAUCUAAUACAGUUAACAAAAACAAAUUGUCAUUGGAAUCGAGAGUAUUGGGAAAAACAGCACCGAAGUGAUGCCAAUAAGUCUGUCGUCUAUCUACCUGAUAAAGUAAUGACGUCAUUUCCUGCUCGGGUUCACCCCAGCCUUUCUUUCCACGUGAAAGUGUUUUGUCAUUACACUGAGGGAGAUCAGAACGAGGUUAGGGAAGAAACCAUUUAUUUUGAAAAUGGGGCAUUUUCUCAUUUCAAGCAAGGAAUUUACUUUCCUGUCGAUAAGAAGAGUUAGGUAAACUGGAAAAAAUGGUUGAAAACAUGCUUAAUACUAAUUACUACAGUGAACUCCAAAAACCGUGAAAUAGAUGUUACGCUAAUACACCUUAGCACGCUCUAAUUUUGUUUCCCUUUGUGUCUAUUUGAAUAUCACACUUAAAUAGUCAAGUUUUUAUUUCACGGGUUUAAUGACGUCACUCUACGAAAUAGUGUUGAUUAGACAAUAGCAAACAAGGGAAUUAGAAUAAUUUAGUUUGCACUAUUUAAGUUUCACGGUUGGAGUGCGUCGGCUCUACUAUCUGUAUUAAGCAUACAUGCACAGGCAACCCAUCACGAUGAUGGGUGAAAUGAAAAGUCAAAUUAUAGCAUAAGAAAUGAAAUGACUGGGCUGGUUAAGCUCUGAGUGUCUAGAAUCAGUGUCUUGUUGAAUGAAAUAGUAUUGCUUUGAAUUCGUCUUUCGUAAAUUUCGCAUAUUUCAAUGCAUUUCAAUUCAUAUUACUAACGACUCGUUAGUUGAAUAAUAUAAAGUACUUUUUGGCAAUUCACUGUAAAAAUACAAUUGCAUACGAUAUAUAAUCAAAGAAAACGUGUUUCUUGUUGUUUUUGAAGGAAAAACAAAAAUAGUGAUGUGUGAGUUUUUUUUAUCUCGUGAAAAUCAAACCGUUUUAAAUUUGCUAAAUAUUUUAAACUUUUCCGGUUCACGUUUCGUGAAUUUACUUUUAUCUUAAGUAUAGUUUUUUUAGGAAGUAAAAGUUUCGUUUUCGCGCYYUUUUGACAUAUUGGCGCGCGGCCGCGAGUUCCUAAUUUUCCCGCGCAAAUCUUGUUUGUCGCUAUGACGAUCAACUUCCCAAACACCCAURAAGAWAGACGCAGACUWCGAAAGCUUAAACUAAAAUCAGGAUCAGAUAAAAAGGGUUAUGGGAUCAAUCAUUAGGAAGCUUUAACAUAUAUGUAUCGCUUGUAUAACAAUAUAUUAGCAAAGACAACAAACUGUAAUCAUCUA